CUUGGUAAUGGUUGGCGAGAUGUGAGACAAACCUCGUAUCCACAGUUCGUAGCGGUGCCCGGUUGGUAGCAACUUGCCAUCCGCAUUUAUAUAGUUAAUAUGCGCCUCUACAUCUCAUUCUCGGCAGAACUCCCACCUCCCUACCUGGUUCGUCACGCCAUACAGCUGGUCGCCCGCUCUUGGGGUUCCUGGCGCUUUCUCCACUGUUCUACUCCCAAAAACGCUUUAGACUUCCGCACCCUACGCCACAGUUCAUCCGAUUCUAUGUGCUCCAGUAGUGAUUAUAUAUCCGCUCGAGAACAACACUGUCUCGCCAAACAAAUAUGGCACAAGCCUCCCUCGAAAGAUCCAUAGUUGAGCCGGCCGAAUCCUCCACAGCUGCAAUACUCUUGCGUAACGAUGACCCUCUAACACGCGCCCUGCGUGGCCGCGACGCCGUCGACGUGGAAGACCUUGUACGCCUAGCUCGAGCUACUUCGCCGACCUCUGACAUCCUGCCGUCACUAGGCUCGUCGUCAACCGCCGUUUUUAGCUCCCUUGGAGAGUCGACUGUCACCAAGCCCACUUCGACUGGUACAAGCUAUCCGAUAUACGACCCCGAGGGCAAAGGCAAGGCAAAAGCGCCAUCGAUCUCGUCGUUAUCGGCUACACAUGGUUCCGGAUCUGAAGCGGAGGCUAGCGAUCGUGCUGUACGAGAGCACGCACUACUUGCUAUGGGUGACUGGAUAGCUAAUGAGGACGUCGCUCCUGUUCUACCGCUCAAAGGUACUGCAAGGGCAAAGCAGCGUACCUCAAAUAGUCUCAGGCACAAACACAAGAAGCCAGUCAUCGAUCAAGUUGGUCUCGGGAGGCUAUCAGGCAACGAUAGUGACGGUGCUGGAGAAACACGCGUUCCUCAACCUCACGACCGUGAGAAUAUAUGCCUCCAACACCACGUUCAUAAUCAGGAUCACAACCAGCUUCGCCUGGCUGAGGAAGGGCAUCAGAGCGAUACAGCCACUACUGCAAGCCUACCAUGUGAGCCUCUCACUGGCACUCGACUCUAUGUGUUGAUCGUGAUCAUCGUCACCAUCACUUUGGCGAUCGCCUCUUCUGCCCUCGGUGCGUAUUAUACCGGCAAAGAUCGCAUGGUAUAUACGAAGGCCAUCAUCUUCGCUGCUACAGUCUUCACGACACUUCUAACCGUUCUCGCCUUGAUCGUCGCGAGGCGAGCUCUGCAUGAAGCUUUGCUCGCAGGUCUAUUGGGGUUCAUCAUUGGCUCCAUGUUUCUUGUGGAGCUUGAUGACUUCAUGGGACCUCCUGUGGAUUCCGGACAUUGAAAGUUUUUAUAUAAUAUGGACAAAACUUCAAAGGGCAAUUUUGGUAGAUAACUUGUUUCCCGAUUCGAUGGCUUUCACUGAUCGUAAACCACGUGUGAUAUCUAUUUGGAAUGUUGCAUGAAGCCCAGUUGGAAGACACGGGCUUUUGGAAUGAUUGCUGCGGUGUCCCUAGCCGCAGAGCGUUCGAAUG